AUGAAGCUCCAACAGAAUGCAGUGAAUGUGCUCGAGCGAACUUCUUCCUAUUUGAAAGCAGGUCUUUUGACGAAAACUCCAGCUUGGUACGAUGUUGUGGCCCGUGUCCCACCGUCCAAAAGAUUUGUUCGUGAGCCUCGCCUGGUGAAUCCCGCUACUGAAGGGCCAACCUCACAGUUACCAGAACACGAAGAAGUGUACGACCCUGCGUUAGGAAUCCAUAAAACAAGAGCUAGUCGAGCUGAUAAAAAAAGUCUAGCCAAUAAACUGUACAAAGCUCCAAAACUGAAAUACGCAGAAGACGAGCUGCGCGAAUUAUUCUACCAACAGCACCCAUGGGAACGGUCGAGGCCAAAAAUGCUGGUGGAAAAUACAGGAACUCGGACUUACCAGUGGGACACUUUGCAACAAUUGGGCAAGCCCUUGGACGGAGAAAGCGUAGUUCAAAGAACAUUGCAUUUGCUCAAGACCAAAGAGCAACCGGAGUUGCUGGCUGCUUACGACCAAGCCAGAUUCGAAUUCUACCGUCUAAGGAUACAAGAGGAGGUACAAAGUCAGGUUGCUCAGGAAGAAGCAGAGAUGUUUGGAAGCGUAUUUGGACCAUCUGCCAUCGAAUUUGGGGUUCAACGCGAGCAAAAAAUUAUCGACGUUUGGAAACAAAAGGCAAUCGAUCAAUCGGAACUCAUGUCAGCGCGAAAUUCGAACCCGGCCGAAUCCUGGUCGAGUUCUACGGCGGACGCUGAAUCGGAGACGAAAACCCAAGAAACUCAAGAGGUACAAUUGUGA